AUGAAGACAUCUUUGGCUCGGCCAUCGCUCUUCGUGCGAGGAGGAGGGGCUGUCGCGCGGUAUACAUGUCGCGCUUACUCCUCCCUCGCGGAACGUCUGCAGCUUGAACUGACUACACGCAGGAUUCCCUUGUUCUACGACUACUUGCACCCACAGCCCUCACAUCUACUCAAUCUCUCACUAUGUGAUCUCCUCCCUCAAACCGGGUCUACUCCGGUACAUGCAAAUACAACUCUCCCUUCAAUAACGAAUCCAUCGCCGCUUCCUCUCGGCCAUCACUUGAUCUACUUCCCGCCGCAAGUCACCCUGUCGCAAUUACUUCCAGAUGGCACAGAUAUUCUACAUACACCGGGCGACCCGUUCCACCGCCGGCUCUGGGCAGGUGGUAACCUGCGAUUUCCCGCUCCGACUCCGCUCCUCAACGGCCAGCGGGCUGUGUGUAUAGAAUCCAUCCGGAAUGUGGCCGUGAAGGGCCGCGAGGGUGACGAAAAGGUGAUCGUUACAAUUGAGCGGCGCGUUGGCAGUGUGCCCGAGGGCGAAGAUGAGGCCCAAACUCGGAACCGGAUAUGGACUGAGGACAAGGCACAUGCAGGCGAGGCAUCGGUGAUUGAGAAUCGAGAUCUCAUCUUCAUGCGAACCAAGAGUGCGGCACAGAUUGAGGCGGACCGAUCGCACUUCGGGGAGCCUGGUCGGAUCGUGAAAGCUCCCCCCGGCGCAACGCUACGACACUCAAUAGCUCCAAACAAAUCCCUCCUCUUCCGCUUCUCGGCGCUGACAUUCAACGCGCACUCUAUCCACCUCGAUAGGAACUAUACCCAAAACGAAGAGGGGUACCCCAACCUUCUAGUUCACGGACCAUUGACGUUAACACUGCUUCUGAGCGUGUUGGGGCGCCAUUUCAGCGAGUUAGGCCUUCGGGUUGAACAUAUUGAAUAUAAGAAUCUCGCGCCAUUGUUUGUAGAUGAGGUUUUGACUGUUUGUGGGAAGCCGAAGAAAGGUGGCGUUUGGGAUGUUUGGAUUGAAGGGCCUCGGGGUGGACUUGCUGUGCGCGGGACGGUGAGGACCUGUGUUGUAUAA